AACUCAACUCAUAUCUCCUCUCUCUGUGUGUCUUCAAAAAUACAACCCUGAAAUAGAGGAAACAGAGGGUGAAAGGGAAGUUACAGUCCCAGUCUCUCUUCUUCUUCUUCUCCUUCUCCUUCUCCUUCAUUACUCACUGCUACCCACCUCUCUCUCUCUCUCUCUCUCUCUCUCUCUCCAUUAAAAACACUCUGAGCUUUGUAGGAAACUCUCCUGUUCUUCCUUUGUUUGCAGAAAAAAAAACCAACCUCAUUUGUUCUUUUUCCUAUCAUAAAACAAAGAACUUCUGCUUCUUUCUUUUUUGGAAUUUUUUCUUGUUGAAUUCAAUUCAUUUGGGAUCUCUGAUCAAUUAAUUUCACCCCCAUUGUUGUUAUUUGUGAAAUUAUUGUACUACUUACUACUACCUGGAUAAUUAUUCUGAUUGUUGUUAUUCAUAACUGAAAGAGGAAAUUAUGAGUAAAGAAGAGUUCUUGAAGAUCCAGACUUGUGUUCUGAAAGUGAAUAUACACUGUGAUGGAUGUAAACAAAAAGUGAAGAAAUUAUUGCAGAAAAUUGAAGGAGUAUAUAAAACAAGCAUAGAUUCAGAACAAGGGAAGGUGACAGUUUCUGGUAAUGUUGACCCAAAUGCUCUGAUUAAGAAGCUUGUCAAAGCUGGUAAACAUGCAGAGCUUUGGGGUUCUCAAAAACCACAACAACCCAACAAUAAUCAGAAUCAAAAUCAGCUCAAUGCACAGUUCAAGAACAUUAAAAUUGAGAGUGGUGGUAAAGGUGGUAAAGACCAACAACAACAACAAAAAGGAGGACCUCCACAACAACAACAACAGCAGCAGCAACAGAAAGGAGGACCUCCACCAAAUCCACAGCAGCAACAUCAAUUGCAACAGCAGCAGAUGAUGCAGCAAUUAGCACAGAUGAAAGGGUUUAAAGAUCUUAAAUUACCAAAUUUGAAAGAUCCAAAAUCAGUGAAGUUUGACGAUGAAGAUGAGUUUGAUGAUGAUGAUGAUGAUGAAUUUGACGAUGAAGAUGAUGAAUUUGAUGAUGACGAUUUCGAUGAUGAUGAGUUUGAUGAUGAUUUUGAUGAUCCAAAUCAUCCUAUCAAUAAGAUGAAACCUAUUGGUGGUGGAGGAGGAGGACCUCAGAUGAUGUUGAAUAAAGCAGGUGGUGGUGGUAUGCCACCAAAUGGGAUGAUGAUGCCUAAAGGAGGACCAGGGGGUGGUGGUAUGCCUCCAAAUGGGAUGAUGAUGCCUAAAGGAGGACCAGGCGGUGGUAUGCCUCCAGGAAUGAUGAUGUCAAAUGGUAUGCCUCCAGGUAUGAUGCCUAAAGGUAUGCCUCCGGGUAUGAUGCCUCCGGGUAUGAUGAUGGGUAAUGGUCAGCAGCAUCCUCAGAUGAUGAAUAACAAAGUUGGUGGAGGUGGUGGAAAUCCUGCUGCAAAUAAUGGUGGUGCUGGAAAUGGUGGCAAGAAAGGAGGUGGUGGUAAUGGCCCUGUGCCGGUACAAAUGAAGGGUAAUCCUGGAAAUAAUGAUGGCAAAAAUGGAGGUAAAAAAGGAGGUGGUGGUGGAGGAAAUCCAAAUCAAGCUGGUGGUGGUGGUAAAAAUGGCAGCAAAGGUGGAAAUUCACAAGAUUUAAAAAAUGUUAUGAAUGGUGGAGGUGGGAACAAUAAAGGCAUGCCAAACAAUGUCAACAAUGGUGGAAAGAAAGGUGGCGGCAAAAUGGACAAUAUGCUUCCGGGUGAUUUUCAUGAAAUUAAUAUGGCACAAGGUCGUGGUGGUGCUGGUGGUGGUGGAAAUGGAAAUGGAGGUGGUCCGAUGGGGAAUUUUCCGAUGGGUCAAAAAGGGAACAUGCAGAUGAGUGGUCAGAUGGGUAAUAAUAUGCCAAUGGGCAUGGGAGGUCAGAUGGGCAACAUCCCUGCUGCUGUUCAAGGUCUACCAGCAUCCGCCAUGAAUGGCGGCGGAGGACCACCACCAGGAUAUUUCCAAGGAGGCCCAAGACCUGAAGGCAUGGGAGGAGUAAACCCACAACUUCAACAACAGCAGCAGCAGCAGCAGCAAUACAUAGCUGCUAUGAUGAUGCAGCAGCAACAAAUGCAACAACAGCAACAGCGUGCAGCAGCUGCUGCUAACAUGGGUAAUAACAAUCCUGAAGGUUUCCAUCCAAUGAUGUACGCGCGACAACCACCAGCUGUGAAUUACAUGGCACCGCCGAUCCAAAUGCAGCCACCGAUGAGCGAUCCAUACACGCAUUACUUCAGUGACGAAAACACCAGUAGUUGCAAUGUGAUGUAAAUUUUUGAAGCUGGAAAGUCACUAAACCUUCUGCUUUGCAUCAGUGAUGGAUCAUGGAUGGUGUCGGUGAGCGUUCGAUCAAGACUGUUUUGCUAAUUAUACAUGAAAGUUGGAGUUGAUGUUCAAUUUUUCUUGUUCUUAGGGUUUAUAUAAAUCUAUCUAUGUUAAUUAGGGAUUUAAUAAGUAAUUUAUAGAUUACUAUAUAUAAAUCAAAAAGUUUUAGGUUGUAGUAGUAGCUCUUAUGACACUCUAUAAGAUGCAAGUUAAACAGAGAAAUGAGAGGUGUAAGAGAAGUGUAAGAGAGAAAAGAGAGUUCUUUUUAGUAAUGUUGUUAAAUAUGUGUUUAUAUGUUGGAAAAACUAAUAAGAGAAACAAAUGAUUGAGGCCACAAACAUGCCUCUGCAUUCAGACUUUAAA